CAUUUCCUAGAGAGGCACCUUUGAGGGCCCCCUUGAAGGAAGACAAUGAAGUUCGAUGAUGUCCUGAACCAGAUCGGGGGCUUUGGCAGGUUCCAGAAAACCCUCUACAUCUGGAUUUGCCUGCCCCAGAUCCUGCUGGCGUUCCACAUGUUAGUGUCCAUCUUCACGAGCGCCGUGCCCCCUCACCUGUGCCUCUCCACCUGGCCCCCGGAGCCCGGCCUCGGCUACAACUUCAGCCAGCAGGAGCUGGCCUGCUCGCCCGCGGGAUCCGACCAGGCCCGGCCCAGCAACGGCAGCAGCUGCCCGGGCGGCUGGGAGUACAGCAAGGAGACCUUCCACAGCACGGUGGUCACCGAGUGGGAUCUGGUGUGUGAAAAUGCCAGCUUGAACAACAUUGGAUCCUCUAUAUACAUGUUUGGGCUGUUGGUUGGUGCAGUGCUUUUUGGCGCAUUGGCAGAUAAAUACGGCCGACGCAGCAUCAUUCUGGUUGGACUGGCGCUGCAAGCCGUGUUUGGAGUUGGUGCCGCUUUUGCUCCCACUUUCUACAUUUACGUUGCGCUUCGCUUUGUGGUCGGGACAACCAUUUCCGCCGUCAUCAUGAAUGCAUUUGUAUUAGGUACUGAGUGGACUGGACUGAAGCACCGCAUGCUGGCUGGCAUCAUCACAGACUACUUCUUUGGGUUUGGGUACAUUCUGCUGGCAGGGGUGGCCUAUCUGAUACGAGACUGGAGGCACCUUCAACUGGCCAUCUCUGCGCCCGGCUUCCUCUUCGUCUUUUACAUCUGGGUUCUGCCUAAGUCAGCGCGCUGGUUGAUGGCCAACCAGAAAAAUGAGGAAGCUUUGGACCUGAUCCGCAAAGCAGCUCUUGUUAAUGGGAAUCCACUUACAAGUGACAUUAAACUUGAACAGGAACACAACAGUGGCAAGCCAGUUGUGCAGAGAAAGCACACCAUUAUUGAUCUUUUCCGCACCCCGAAAAUGAGAAGGCAGUCUCUCAUUGUUUUCUACCUGUGGUUUGUGAACGUGCUAGUUUAUUACGGCCUGUCUUUGAACAUCUCCGACUUUGGCAUAAACAUCUACUUCACACAGUUCAUCUUCGGCCUGGUGGAAAUGCCAGCACGAACCAUCACGCUCUUCACCCUCAACCGCUCCCGGCGGAUAUCUCAGCUGGCCUUCCUGUCCGUUGGUGGCUUGGCUUGUCUGCUGACCAUCUUCAUCCCCGAUGAUCUGUCUAUCAUAAGGACAGCCUUAGCCAUGGUUGGAAAAUUUGGAAUUACUGCCUCCCUGUCCAUCAUCUAUGUCUACUCAGCAGAGGUUUUCCCUACAGUUGUGAGGCAGACGGGUAUAGGAAUGGGAUCCAUGUGUGCGCGGGCAGGGGGGGUCAUUGCACCCACCAUCUACCUCCUGAAGAGUCUCAGCCAGCAGGCGCCAAUGGUGGUGUUUGGCCUCUGCCCACUAGUGGGCGCUGCCCUCACCCUGCUGUUGCCAGAGACAGCCAACAAGGCCCUGCCUGACACCAUCGAGGAGGUGGAGGGCAACAUCGAGAGUGAAGAAAAGAGUGAGCCAUUGAGAAAUGUGGAUAUCAUCAACUGACGAGAAGUUCCAUGUGAAGGAAUACUUCAUGGAAUGUGUCCUGGUGGAACCACUGGGAAAUGUUCAAACUAAAA